GUGCCAGCAUCCUGCGGAGAAUUGGUUAUGUUUGAGCUGCAAGGAUGUCUUGUGCAGCCGCUUCAUAAACAAGCACAUGCUUCAUCAUCAUCAGGAGACCGGCCAUUGUUUGUCUCUCAGCUUCAGUGAUCUAUCAGUAUGGUGCUUUGCCUGUGAUGCAUAUCUGGAUGUUCAGGUGAUUCAGCAGCUACAGCCUGUUUAUGAAAUUGUUCAUCUCUUAAAAUUUGGAGAGAGACCUCCUUUUCAGACCAUCAAUGGCAACGAGGGAUCCUCAUCUGCUUAAUAAUCUACCGUUUGCCUGUAUCAUGUUUAUAGGUCUUUUUCUUAAUUACAACUUUGAUAUUCGUGCUUAUUAUGCUUUCUAUGUGCAUGGGAACUCAAUGAUUUUUGGUAAGUCUUAGUGCUUAUUCAGUUGCUUGGAGUUAGAAAACAUAUUUACAUAUCAGAUUUUGUAGCUUGGUUGAAUGUCAGGAGCUAGCCUGAAAUUUUGAAGUGAAUCAUAAAUUUAUGGGGUUUUUACAUUCAUAGCAUACAAAACAUUACUAUUUACAUAUCUCACAUCCUAAACUCUACUGUUACGAAAUUCACACUUCUGUUAACUCUUUUGUCUCUAAAUUCAUCCGGCAAGACCUUCGAAACUCAAAUUCAAUCUCCAUCAGACUUCGAAAUUCCAAAGGUGUUGUGUGGUUGUUGUGUUGAAUCCACACAUGGCGGUUGCAAUGAAUCGUCACGGUGAAUUCGCGCAUGGCAGUCAUGACAGAUCCCUCGCAAAACCUCAAUGCAGCAUAUCUUCUAUGGACAUGAAUUUAUAGGCGACGUUAGGCAGGCACAUGCCAAACUCAACACCUCACCCAACACUCCAAUCGACGCUAAGCUUCUUCCUAGUUGCUGGUCCAUGGCAACAACUGCCUACCCUUGUACAAACUUUCACAUUCAUUUAAUUAAAAGAGUUUAGGAAUUACUUUUAACACUUUUAUAAAUUGUGGUACUGUAAUGGCCUCAUAUAAGUAGCCAGGGAAUUAUUUUAGCCCUUCACUCUUUAUUUGUCAGUAAAUAA